AAAAAAUUAUGAGGAGGAAAUUGAAAGGUAGGUGGGAAUUGAGUUUACAGACUAUAUAGAUAUAUAUAUAACACGUCCUUUUACAAACCAGAGGCAGAGGAAAUUUGUGUCCAUCACAACAAAAAAAAAAAAAAAAAAAAAAGGAACUGUAUUGCCCCACAUUCAAUAAUACGAGACUAGCCAUUCUCUCCAGGUUUUUUCCUCAUUUGCACCAGCAUUUGUUAUUUUAAUGAUUUAAAAGAAAACAAAAAAAAGGCCUGCUGAUUUUGUUACUUCAACACCAACAACAGAGAGAGCAAAAUGGAAAGUGGCAACGGAUUCGACCCUGAAAACCCAUAUAUCUCGCUUGCAAAUUCAAUAAAGAUUCAGUUCAAAAGCUUGCCUCCCAUAUCUUCAGCAUGUACUAUCUGCAGAGUACCUGACCGUCUGAGGCUUGCGAAUGAAAAGGCAUAUACACCACAAGUUGUUUCCAUUGGUCCUUUCCACCAUGGCAAGGAUAGCUUAAAAACAAUGGAAGAGCACAAAAUGAGGUAUCUAGAAGAUUAUCUUCAACGGACCGAUGAAAGCUUGGAGAAUUACAUAAAGAUUGUAAAGGAAAGUGAACCUAGACUGCGGAGUUGCUAUGCAGAAACCAUUGGAUUCAGCAGUGAUGAAUUUGUAAAGAUCAUCCUAGUAGACUCUGUCUUCAUCAUUCAGGUCUUAUUAAGGUUCAGCAUCCGCGAAUUGCGAGUCGAGCGUGAUCCGAUAUUCAACAGGCGAUGGAUGUUGCAUGAUGUAUGGCCAGACCUGUGCUUGCUUGAGAAUCAGUUACCAUUCUUCAUACUUGAAAAAAUUUAUGAGCCUAACAAAAUUAAACUAUCGUCUGGACAGACCGUGGACCUUUCAAUCAUUGAACUUUCCCACAAAUUCUUCACAAAACUGAUGCAAUUGGAAGGGAUUGAAGAAAAGUUGGAGGAAAUCAAACGUUAUAAUGUUGCACACGUUGCCGAUUUUCUGAGAAAUCUUUAUAUACCUUCGAACCUACGUGAUGGAGGGGAAUUUCAAAGUAUAAAUGCUCCCAGCGUGACAGAGCUACACCGUGCAGGAGUUAAGUUCAGAGUAGCAUCAAGCAAAAACUUGUUUGAUAUAAGUUUCAAUAAUGGAAUUCUUGAAAUCCCCAAGUUAAGAAUAGACGAUUACUCAGAACUGAUCAUUAGAAAUCUGCUAGCCUUUGAACAAUGCCAUUACGACGACAAUUAUAUGAAUGAUUAUGUUGCGAUUAUGGAUCGCCUUGUUAACAUUCCAAAGGAUGUGGAUUUGCUUGUAGAACAUGAAAUUCUGGAAAACUGGCUAGGGGACAGCGGUGAGGUAGCUACUUUGAUAAACAAACUCGCAGAAGGAGCUACAUGGUCAAAGGAUGAUUUUUAUUUUGCUGAUACUUUCAACAAUCUCAAUGUCUAUUGCAGAACCCGUUGGCACAAAUGGAAGGCGAACUUGAAGCAGAAUUAUUUCAACACACCUUGGGCAAUUGUCUCUGUCAUUGCGGCUAUUUUUCUCAUCAUUCUAGCAAUCAUACAAACGGUUUGUUCUAUUCUCCAAGUUGAGAAAUAGUACCGUUUACCAAAAAGCUGAGAAAUAGUACCGUUUAAUGUAAGGUGAAAUUAAUAAAUUGAUCUGUAUAAUUUGUAAGUCUGUUUGUAUGCAACACAAUAAGAGUUUGAUCUAUUUAUAGGCUCAACCACUGAUAUUUUAUCUUUUUAUCUUGGUUGUUUUAUGUUA